UCAGAUUCGUCCAACCCUUCCCCCCCUCCUCCAGGAGGUCAUGGUACAGCCCAGCUCAUGGAGGGGUUAACAAUUAAAAACAGAAUUAAAAAUCUCCUGCGCUCGCCAUCUAUAAAGCUGAAGAGGAGCCGGCGGGUGGACAAAGCAAACCUGACUAACAAGUUGACUCUGGAGAGAGUACUUGGUAUCACGACUUCAGGAAGCAGUGGACUAACGUGUGAUCCUUGCUCCGGGACUGUUGCCUAUCCGGCUGGGUGUGUAGUAGUGCUACUUAACCCUACAAAGAACGGACAGCAGCACAUAAUCAACACGUGCAGGAAAACUAUAACUGCUUUAGCCUUUUCGUCAGAUGGCAAAUAUCUUGUUACAGGAGAGUAUGGUCACCUGCCUGCAGUGCGGGUUUGGGAUGUAGCUGACGGCUCCCAGGUGGCAGAGCUACACGAGCACAAGUAUGGAGUGGCCUGUGUGGCCUUCUCUCCAAACAGCAAAUAUAUUGUUAGCAUUGGCUACCAGCAUGACAUGAGUGUCAACGUGUGGGCCUGGAAGAAAAACAUGUUGGUGGCUGCUAACAAGGUGUCCAGUAAGGUGACAGCCGUGUCUUUUUCCGAAGACAGCUCCUACUUUGUGACUGCUGGGAACAGACAUGUCAGAUACUGGUACCUGGAACCCUGCAACUCUAACAAGCAGCUCCCAGCCCCUGUUCCACUGCUUGGCCGUUCGGGCCUCUUGGGGGAGUUACAGAACAACAACUUCUGCGAUGUAGCCUGUGGCCGUGGUGGGAAGUCGGAGAGCAUCUUCUGCAUCACUUCUUCAGGGCUACUCUGUGAAUUCAACGAGAAGAGGAUGCUGGAUAAAUGGGUAGACCUACGGACCAGUACAGCGAGUGCUCUUUUUGUCACUGAGGAGCUGAUCUUCUGUGCGUGUGCCGAAGGAACUGUGCGAGUGUUCAGUCCGUUUGACCUGCACUUCAUCUGCACCUUGCCUCGGCCUCAUCACCUGGGUACCAACCUAUCUGUCGUCACCCAGGCCAGUCACUUGUUCUCCAACAAACCAGAUGCCCAUUACCCUGACUCGGUAGCAGUGACGUACGACCCUGCUAAUCUCUGGCUAUCAUGUGUAUAUAAUGACCACAGCCUGUAUGUUUGGGAUGUUCGAGAUUUGCAGAGAGUGGGAAAAGUGUACUCUGGUCUCUACCAUUCUGCCGGUGUCUGGGACGUGCAGAUCUACCCCGGAGCUAAAAAGGAACCUCUGCUGGGUCUCGCCUCUUCAGGGCUGUUCUUCAGCUGCUCUGCAGACGGCACAAUCCGCAUGUGGAGCACAGAGUCAUGCCUCAACCCAGCCACGAGCAAUCUACUCAGCAAUGAUCUUCAGAAGGUGCUGUAUACAGCCAGCAAUGGUGCAUGUCUGCUGGACACAGAGGGAUCAGCCCCCAGUGGUACAGAGGAGCAGCCUGCAGAGAGCAGCACAGGCAUCAGAACCAUCUGCAUAAGUCCAGAUGGCAAACAUCUGGCCUCAGGAGACCGGAAUGGCACACUAAGAAUUCAUGAUCUUAACACUAUGGAGGAGGUUCUGAAGGUGGAGGUCCAUGACUCGGAGAUCCUGUGUCUGGAGUACUCCAAACCUGAGACGGGAAUGAAAUUGUUGGCGACGGCGGGUCGAGAUCGUCUGAUUCAUGUACUGGAUGUUGAAGACUACAGGCUACUGCAGACCCUGGAUGAGCACUCGUCCUGCAUCACAGCUGUCCGCUUUGCCGCCAAUGAGGGGAAGGUGAGGAUGAUCAGCUGUGGAGCUGAUAAGAGUGUGUACUUCCGCACUGCCCACAGGACUUCCAGAGGAGUACAAUUUAAACGCGCACACCAUGUGGUGAGGAAGAGCACUCUUAAUGAUAUGGAUGUGGAUCCUGCUUGCAAGUAUGCAGCUGUAGGCUGUCAAGACAGAAAUGUCAGGGUGUUUAACAUAAGCAGUGGGAAACAGAAAAAGUCUUUUAAGGGCUCUCUGGGUGAAGACGGCAGCCUUCUCAGGGUUCAGAUGGACCCGUCUGGCCAGUAUGUGGCUACCAGCUGCUCAGAUAAGAAUCUCGGCCUGUUUGACUUCCGAACCGGAGAGUGUCUGGCUGCCAUGUUCGGCCACUCAGAAAUCAUAACGGGCAUUAAAUUCACAAGUGACUGCAGGCAUCUGAUCUCAGCCUCAGGAGAUAGCUGUAUCUUUGUGUGGCGUCUUGCUCCGGAGUUGACUGUUAACAUGAGGGAGCGGCUGGAUCAGGUCACGCGCUGUCAGAGCAGCCCGGCUUUUGCAGAUUCAGUAAUCAGGCGGGCCUCCACAAGCAGCUUGGAGAUGCACAACACACUGUCUCUACUGAUCUGCUCUUCUGAAAGUGAGGAAGAUUACGAUGAAGAAAGAUUGGAGCAUAUUCAGACCCCAGAUGAUCAUGAUAUGCACCGAAUAUCAUUAGAAGAGGAUCAGGCUGCUUCUGAUGUGAAUGACUGGGACUCCUCUAAGUUCCAGGAGUCAUCUCCAGGUUUGGGCACGUCUGAUCCAUCUUUUCCUGAGGUUCCACACAGGAGAAAACGCUGGAACUGUAGGAUGGACUCUUUCGAGCUGAUGGUGAAAUCCAUGCUGGAGCUUCGGCAGUUUGACUCCCUUUCCAAGCCUGGCUCUCCCCUGAGGAGCUCCACGGGUCAGAUCAGCAACCAGGCCUGCAGCAGCACUACUAGCUUGCACAAAGACUCUAAGCAGAAUAAGAAGCGGCAGGCUCGUUCAGACUCUUUCUUGUUGGGUCCUGCCUCAUCUCCUGAACCCGAGGGUGUAGUGCUGUGCUCAGAACUGUGCCCAAGCACUGACUGCUUGCCUGGAAUGUACCAGGAGGAGAAAGGCCUGUGCCAGGACAGCCACAGCCCUGACAGAGGCAGCUCCAUGGGCUAUGCCAGUGGAGGAUCCAGCCCAGAGCAGGUCCAUGAAGGCUCUGAUGAUCCUGAGCCACUCAGCACUGAUGAUGAGGAUGAAGCAACAAGAGGAAGGCCAUUUCAUAAACCAGAGAGUCCUGAACAAGAGCGCUUCCUUGAGAAACCCUUUGAAACACUGGCUGACCCCAACAACACAGGUAAUGAACCCAAACCCCAGAGUAGCAUUUCAGCACGUUUCCUUACCCGAGGCUCCACCACCAGGAGGCAUUCCCAAUUCCUCUUCAAGACUGACAAGAAGUCGGAAAAUUGUGCUGUAUUGAAACCCCUGGUGUCCACAGUGCAUCCUUUGCAGAAGGACAACGGUCAGGCGAUGAACUUGGCACAGAGAGCAGACACGUGCAGUUCAGAGCAGCUGUACUCGGUCCCCAAGAGGAGGAAAAUUCACAGGGUGCAGAGUAUGACCAGCCCAAUAAGCAUGUCCAGGGUGGGCAGCUGCGUAGAAAAGCCACUUCUAAAAGCCACAUCAGCAUUCAGCCUAACAAACAGUCGAAAGUGUGUAACAGCAUCCCUUUUGAAGCAGGAGUCUCGACCUUCCACACCUGAGCUUCUGGCAGAUAGGAAUGAUUCAGUAUUACAGCACCCGUCCCCCACAGACUCCCCAUCUCCCCAGCCGUGGGAAAGUCCAAACACUAUCCAACGUCUCAAAGUUCGCUCGUACAUGAGUCCCACCACCAGCUCCAGAGCCAAAGUCCGCCGUUCCAUGUCCCUCAAAGAAGGUCUUCUUCUGAACCUGUCCAGUGGUCAGACAUCUCCAUGCCCAGGGUCCUCCCCUACCAGUCCAUGUCGUGCCAGCACACCUAUUUUGCCAUCUCUAUCUGCCCCACUCCAUGGUCCAGCCGAGCCAAGAUCGAGCCAUGCUGGAUGUUCUCCAAACCCAACUGCUAAAAUCACCAAGGCCCGUGUCUCUGCAAGAAUGAGUAACCCCCUGUCUGAGUAUCCCAGCAGGUCCACAGCUACUCCCAGUACAGACUCCGCUGCAAUCCCAAACACUUUUUCUAAUACUGGAAUUCAGCACAGAGAUAAAUGUUCUACAAAGAGUCCGAUGGAACCUCCGAAGUCUGUGUUCCCCAGCCCUGUCUCUCAGUCUGUGUCUGUAAAAGACUCACUGGGCCCAAAAACUUCAUCCCUCAUACCACAGCCCCCCCUAGUGGCUGUCCAGGCUUACAGUGUGACGAGCAAGAGCCAGUCUGAUCAAGUAGAGCCCUUGAUGAAUCUGGAGACUUGCAGACAGGCUGCUGCUGAGCUAUACAAGAGUGUGAAGAAGGCCACUCAACUCUACACGAUGGUGAGUUCCUGUGUAGGAAAUGUGGGUUCGGAGCAGCAGGAUAUGGAGCGUGUGCUGAUGGAGGCGUUGUUCAUGGCACGCUCUGAGCUACAGGCUGUUCCAGGACUCGCUCCUUCAUCAGGGCCGACUGUACUUGGUGACGGUGAAGAGAAGACCCUGGCUCUGCUGGAGCAGUUCUCUCAGCUUCUUUUGCAGUCUGUAGAGAAAAGACUCGAGCACAAAAUCUAGUCUCAAAACCGAGAAGACUAAAUAUCCUGACCUCAUUAAUAUACUGAAGAUGGGGAAUUAUUACGCACUGGAAAUCCAACCACAAAUUCGACCAUGUUGCACACAUUUGAACCGUCAACAUGUUCUACCAAGAAUUCAGAUUAUGUCCAUUCUUUGCUUUCUGAGCACUGCCCUGAGAAUGAGCAACCAAGUUUUAUAGUUUUUUGAUUUAAGAUGUUUAUGUACAUGUAUACAGUAAUUUAAUGUACAUGUAUUUGUUUUAUUAAAAUACCUGCUGGACUUGUAUUUUUUUUUUUAAUUUUAAUAAGUUUUUAAACAUCGUACAUGUUCUACCGUAGAUUCAAAGGGGACAACGCUGUGAGCACAAAAUGAGACUUUAAGUGGGUUUUUUUUGUUUUUUUUUAACUAGAGGGUGAGUUUCUAUGUUUAUUGAUGUUCUGGUUGUGACUUUUGUACCACAGGUUCUAUUUCACAUGCUGUUGCUUAUGUUCUUAAAAUAAAAUGGUGGUUA